GUUCCAAUCUCUCCGUCUGCUGCCCUCAAUGCUCCAAGCGCUUUUACUUCGGCCUUGGAGUUGAAGAAGUUCCUUAAGGUUCCCCUUGACGAGGGUACCUCUCCUGCAGGCUCGGCGUGUCAGCACUUGUUCCAGGCGAUGCUUGAUGUGGUUACUCUUUCCGACAAGAGUGCGGAGAAUCGGGAUCGCGCCCAUCAGAACUUUCUGCAGGCUUCUCAGUUGAAAACUGACAAGAUCACCCUCCAAGGUGUUAACUCUCGUCUGGAGGAUGAGUUGGCAUCGGUGAAGCGGCAGCUUUCGGACGCCUUGGCUGCUGAGAGUGUUUCUGCUCGUGAAGAGAAGGAGAAGGAGAUAGCAUUCCAGGCGAAGCGGAUUGAUACCUUGGAGAAGGAGCUGUUGGCGAUGUCUGCCGCUAGGGGUCACCAGAAGGAGGAAUUUAAGAAGAGACUGAUCAAGGAGCGUGAAGAUGCCGUAGACGCCCACUUGUCAUCAGCGGAAUUUCGUGAGUGGCAGCAGAACCUUCUGCUCGGAGUGAAGAAGAGGGCUUUCAUCGGCAUUCGUAAGAAAGUCCGCUCCGAUAAUCCUGACAUGAAGUGGGAUACUCCGGAGGUCUGGCAGGCUAUGGAUGAUUACUUCCUCUCCCUUGGUACGGAUAACGAGCCUUCUGACUCGGACCCGUACCCCUUGGAUGAGGGUGACUCUUCUGCCGAUGAUGUGGAGGUUGACGUCGAGAAGGUUGGGGAAGAGGGAGUGGGUGACAACGUUGAUGCCAAUGCUGGUGCCGGGGAAGGUGGUGGGGGUGUGGUUUCUGUCGAUGGUCAGGGUGGCGCCUCGGAUGGUGGUACCGAUGGUGAUUCUAGCUCGUCCGACAAUCACUCGAGCAAGUCGGACUAGUAGAAUUGGGACGUUUUUUCUUUUCUUUGUUCGUUUGGACUUAGUCAAUUUUAUGUUAUCUUCUGCUCAUUUCUCCCUUGCAUGUCUGUGGAUGUUUAGCCUUUGGGCUGUUAUUUUGAACAGUGUUAUCGGCAAGUUCUCCGUUUUCUUGGACCUAUUGUGAAUGUUGUUUUAGUCCCG